AAUAUGCCAUUAUUUCUAAACCGUCUGGAUUAUUGCAAUAUUACUAUGACACAUUUGUAAAGAUUUAAAUAAAACAAACAAUAAAUGCUAGCGGUGAAAAACUCAUUAUUUAUUUAUAUUCUUAUAAUAUUUAUUUUAAAAUGUAAAUCCAAAGAUUAUUGCAGUGCUGAUACGUGUAAUAACAAUAAACAGCAUACACUAUGCAAAUUCCAGUCCCCUAAUCCUGCAAACCAUUGUAUUGAAUUUGAAUUCUUAAUUAAAACUCCAGAUGAAAAAAUUGCAAUUUUAAACAAAAUAAAUAGUCGGCGUAACAAAGUAGCUUUAGGGGAACUGAAAUCAUUAAAAUCUGCUGAAAGUAUGCUGAAACUGGAAUGGAAUGAAGACUUAGCAUUGUCUGCACAGCGUUGGGCAAACCAAUGUGUGAAGCACAAUGUACCAGACAUAAAGGAUUUUUGCCGAGAUUUGAGACAAGAAUCUGUUGAACAAAACAUUGCGACCAUUCAUGGCGAAGCGCCUGGACUUUCACUGUUAGCACUCAUUGACGUAUGGUAUAUGGAAUUGUUAAAUUUUAACGCUUCUUUCUUAUCGAGAUACAAACCAUCAGUGCAAACAGGAUUUUUACACUAUGAUUAUUUUACUCAACUUAUUUGGGCAGAUACGACGCAAGUUGGAUGCGGUGGCGUAAAAUUUAAAGAACAGUAUGAAAGUGAAAGUGGACUGAGAAAUAGGACCAUUUAUAGACUCGUGUGUAAUUUUGCUCCGGGUGGAAAUCGUGAAAAUGAAUCUGUGUAUUCCGUAGGCUUGCCUUGCUCACGAUGCCCUUUGGAAUAUAUUUGCGAUAUAGAAUUUAAAGCACUGUGUGGGCCAAAAAAUCCUAACAAAACUUCAAUUAUAAAUCUGAAAUAUGAACCAGACAUUGAAAAAACAACAGCAAUAACUUCGGAAUUUUAUGACUAUUCAGACGUUGCUAUGGAUUUUAUUGAAAAAUUGGGGUCAGCCGAAACGGCCGAUAAAAUAAAAUCAACUGAUCAAUUGCAAUUCGGUGGAAAAUCUCAAACACCGUUUGAGUAUUUUUCAAAUUUACACGUUUUGACUAAACAUGGCAAGGAAGAAGCAGCGUCACUAUUGCACACUUGUAAAGAAGAACUUGCAGUUGAUGAAUUUAUCUCGCUACUCAAAAAGAAAUUAAGCAACGAUCCUAUGUUCAAAGAAAUGUUGGUUACUAAAUCCUUACUCAAUAAUGCUCCAGAUAAUACAUAUACUGAUGCGAGCGUGGCGGACUUUGUUAGUAAAAUUUACAGUAAAAAAAUACCGACAACUACGUCCAAGACACCUAAUAACGAUUUGAUAAAUUCUACGUUGCUUGUUGAUUUGAUUGAGGCAGUCAUUUUUAGAAGCGGUGGAAAAUACUCAACAUCAGAGAUAACCGAACAAAACACACAACCAGAGCAUGAAGUAAGUCCAGUUAAAAUACAAGCCGAAUUAGCUGAGGUAAAACCGAAUCAUGAUUUUACUGGUCAUUACUUUUUUCCUGAAGAUGAAGAAGAAUUAAUUACUGAAACAACUGAAUCGUAUGACGAUACGUUUAGCGUACCAGCUUCUGACAUCAUUCAGGAAAUAGAAGAAAUUAAAAAGAUUACUACAACGAAAGACUUUUUAGAUGAUAUACUGGAAUCAGAUGUGGUAGUCGAAAGUACAAGUUCCCCAACUUUAUUGUCACCUGAUGAUAUUAGUAUAUACAAAAGUGGCCACAAUGUUAUGAAAAAGUUUUUAGAAAAUAUUGGCGAUAAAGGAGAAAGGGCACGACUCGCUUAGCAAGAAAAAAUAAGCUUUAAUAUAUUUCACGAGUAACAUGCACCAUACAUCACUAAAUCGGUUUCAAAAAUAAUCGUAUAUUUUAAAGCAUGUUUUAUUCUAAUAAAUCAUUCGUUAUAAUAA